UUGCUGCUGCUGCCAUCCUUGGGGGAGAGGACACCCUGGACUGCUUGACAGCCGCCAAGUUUGAUGGGGGGAAACCUUCUGCAGGACCACCGUCACCUCCUCAACCGGGGAAAGGAGGAUGAGCUGGAUAUAUUUGGCUACAAGACUAAAGGGUGCCGGAGGGCCCUGUGCAUUGCUGGGUACGUCCUGUCCUGCGGAGUCCUCCUCCUCCUCUUCUACUGGAAGCCCGAGUGGGACGUGUGGGCCAACUGCGUGCCCUGCGACUUGGAGGAGGCCGAUGUCGUGCUCUUGCGGACAACGGAUGAGUUUCAGAAAUAUACCAGGAAGAAGGUGAUC